GUUAGCGCAUUUAAAUGACGUGUCAAUGUGCGACGGUGAGACGUUUAAGGACCUUUCAUCGUCUAACCAUGCAGACGCCUAUGUUUUGAUAGUGUUGCUUCACCACUGCGUAUCAUUUGAAGAUUGAAACAACAUUUCUACGUUCAAUAGAUAUGUCGAAUUUUUUGGGGGAUUUAAACUUCUGCCCCGAGUGUGGAAACGUUCUACCUCUGCCAGCGACGCAGGACACGGUCCGGUGCCCUCGCUGCUCCUUCUCCAUCCCUGUAGGAGAGUUUACAGGCCAGGAAAUGCAGUCUACGGUCAUGUUCAACCCUGUGGAGCAGUCACCAGUGACUCUAGAGCAUGAGGAGGACUAUGAGCUGAAGGGACCUGUGAUUGAUAGACACUGUUCCCGUUGCAAUAAAGAGGGAAUGAUUUACCAUACCAGGCAAAUGAGAUCUGCAGAUGAAGGACAGACCGUAUUUUUCACAUGUAUACACUGCAGGUAUCAAGAGAAGGAGGACUCUUGAGAAGAAGUCAGCUUCACCUUCUUGAUUUCUUUACAUGUCUAUCAGUGUUUGUCAUACUGGUACUUUCUCAACACAUACUUUGUAAAUUUGAGCCUGAAAAAACAAAUUGUCACUGGACCAUUAGCAUUUGGUUCAUCUAUUGUGGCUAAUAGAGUGUAACUUCAGUAAGCUAAAUUCCUGUCAUGUAAAGGCCUUUUCAUAGGAAAUUUCUCAGGUACAUAUGUUUUUCUCCCCAUUUAAAAUAAACUAUAAAAAGUGGGACAACUGUUGCCGAAAAGACACUGACUGCUCAUAAGCUGCUGACCAACAAAAGUGAAGAUGAUUUUAGGAGAAAUUGGAGAAAUUCUUAAUAAGAAAACCAAUUUAGUGAGAAAGGAAAAAUGGGUAAGAAAUCAAAGCAAAAACACUUUUGUGUGUGUGUGUGUGUGUGUGUGUGUGUGUGUUUUCUGGUCAUUUUGUGUCCAUCUAUUUUUGUGUCCUUUGUUUAUUUUGUAAGUGGAUUUUAUUGUUUCAUUCUUCUCAGUUUCCAAUAUAAAGAAUAAUUUAAUAUCUAAAUAUUGGUGAGGAACAAAAGUGAGUAAUUAUUAAUGUUAAUAAAACUACUUAGGAACAUUUUUUUUAAUUAAUGAAGUUAAAUGAAUAAAGAGUUAACACUGAUAUUCACUAA